AUGAUGCAAAGUGAAGAAUCUAGCGACACUACAUUUACUGCUGCAAAUCCAUAUAGUCGAAUAUGGACUAGUUAUAUUGAAAAAACAACUGUAUAUCCUAAAUCUAGGUGGUUUGUUUUAUUAGGAAUGUUAAUUUUAUAUGGAAUGAGAGUUUAUCAUUAUCAAGGUUUUUAUAUUGUAACUUAUGGACUCUCUAUAUAUAUUUUAAAUCUAUUUAUUGGAUUUUUGUCUCCUCAAAUAGAUCCAGAAGAAGAAGGUAUGGUUUUACCUGUACACGAUUCUCAAGAGUUUAGACCUUUUCAACGAAGGUUACCAGAGUUUAAGUUUUGGCUUUCUGCAACUAGGGCUACAAUUAUAUCAUUUAUAAUGACAUUUUUUGAUGUAUUUGAUUUGCCUGUGUUUUGGCCAAUACUACUAGUAUAUUUCAUAUUUUUAUUUAUUCUAACUAUGAGACAGCAAAUUCAGCAUAUGAUAAAAUAUCGCUAUAUACCAUUUUCUUGGGGUAAACAGACAUAUGGUGAUCUUACUAAAGGAUAUGCCUCUGGGUACAAAAAAACCAAUAUAGGAGGUAUUGGAUUAACUUCUCUAGGUGAAAAGUGA